UGUAUUUUAGGAACCAGAAACCUCAUAUGUACAACCACAACGAUAUGACUGCAGCAUUUUUAAGAUGGCAAGGUUGACCUUGACGUGGAUUAUCAUGAUGCUUCAAGGUUUAGGUGAGGGUCUGAAAUGUUUCAAAUGUGACAACCUGAGAAAUUCUGCAUGUGGUGUGAACUUUAAAUCAUACCAGUUUCCGCCAGAAAAUUGCCCAGGGUUCGAGUACAAGUGUGGCCUUCAACGACAAAGUCAAAGAGGAGAUUAUAUAGGAAUUAUAAGAGAUUGUUAUAAGAUAGGAUCACUACAAAUGGAAGAUGAAAGCGACAAAUGUCAUCAGAUAUCAUCCGAAGAUAACAGCACAUCGUUCUUAUUGUGUUUAUGUAGUGAAGACUUUUGUAAUAUAGCUUGCAAAACAUCAACAUGUAGUUAUAUAAUGAUUGUGAUAUCAUUGGUAUUAUUACUUGGUCUAGUUCAACAUCAUCAUGUUGUAUAAUACGAGUUUUGAUGUCAAAGGUCAUAUGUAUAUCUUGACCUAAUUAUAAAUGGACAAUAGCAACGUGCCUAAAAUUAACAAUUGUUUAUGUUUUUCACAAUUUCAUGAUAUCCAUUGAUCACAUUUUCUCUCAUUGUAAUAUUAUAACAUUUAUAUAAUUGUUUGUAUAAAAUGACGAUUUGCUAGUGUCAUCUGAUGAAUUAUAGAUUAUUCUACAGAAUCAUAACUCAUACUUCAGUCUUCAACUGUCUAAAGGUGUAUAACUCUACUCGAUAUAUUAUUUGAAAAAAACUAGACAGGAGAACGUUGACGUUUUUGACUUUUGACAAUGUUACACUUACAUUGUUUCACGAAAAUACACGUUCCCACUCUAAAAAAUUAUUUGACGAUAAUGCAUUAUUACAUAAUAGUCUAUCAGGAAAUUAUAUCUGCUUUGAGAGAGCCCCAAGGGCUUGGUAAACAAUUCAUAAUGAUUUAGAAACUUUAUUCAGCUUGAGAUAUGAUGCUUCUUUGUCAUCUCUGUAAAAUUUCAUAA